AUGCGCGAUCACGAGUCAAAGCACCCCACACGCGAACAAUGCCGCAUUCAAGUCCCUCGCAGAGUUAUGGAUUUCGAAUUCGACAUUGACCACCAAUCUACCCUUCCUUCAGAGAUUGAGCGCUCCAUCUUCGAAAUGGUUGCUUCCUCUUCAUACGAGUCCAUUCCCGCAAUGCGUCUCGUUGCCUGGCGUGUCAACGAAUGGGUGGAACCGUUCUUCUAUUGCGGACUCUGGGUCGAUUACGACUGCGAUUAUGCCAAACCAGGCUGGUCGCCCGAUGCGUUGACCGCCGACAUUGUCCGUCGCCCCAACUUUUAUCGGGACAACGUCAAGUCUGUUUGGCUCGGUAUCGACAAAGUCGAACAACAUGCUGCAGCCCAAUUCCUGCUUGCAGCAUGCUCCAACAUCGAGACCCUCGAGAUUUGUCGCGGCUACCCAACCUCGAUGAAAAAUCUGCUCGACCACGUGCUCGCGCUCGGUGGCACACUAAAGCGGCUGCACGUGGACAUGAAGGACCUCAGCUCCAAGUACGGCAAGUUCCAGAACGCGGAGCUGAACAAUCUCUUCGACAAGUUUGGGAGCAUCACCCACCUCGAGCUCAAGGAUGUCUCCCUUCCCUUUGAAAUAUGUUCCCGGCUCGAGCGGCUUCCCCGCCUCACACAUUUGGCGCUGACAUAUGACCUCCGCAUGCGAGGCACGCUGACGAGUCUCUAUACCAUCUUCCAGACGUGCAAGAAACUCGUGGUCUGCGUUGGGCUCCAAGAGGUUCGCCGGUCAGCCAAGGAUUCCGAUCUCGGGAGUGGCUAUCAGGCGAUGGACUAUCCGCACUAUGUUGACAACAACAACCCACGCUUCGUCCUCGUUCGGUAUGUCCACAAGGGUUGGGACGACCCCAAAGCGUGGCUCAAGAAUGCAAGGGAAAAUGAGGUGCCUGGAUAUUGGCCCUGCGCCGAGGCAAUGGUGGCACAACGAUUGGCUCUGUUAAACCAAAGUGGUUAG